UCCAAGGCUGCCAGGUGCUCGCCAGUCCUUCGCGGCCCGGCCAGUGAGCGUAGCGCUCCUCUCGACUGAAUUAGCUUGCUUGUCCCUGCUACGCCUCUCUACCGUCCAACCCACCUGUCCUCUAUCGAAGGUGGCCAAUACAGCCAGACACCUCCACCACCUGCUCACCUGCUCACACACAUUCGACGCCGUUACCGGUGCAUGAUAGAUGAUAAUUCCCGCGCGCGUCCCUCCUCCUCCUCCUUAGAAGAACACCGAACAGCACACCGACGACGACACCAUGGCCCUGCCACGCGCCUGGCUGCAGCACGUCUGCCGCCUCGUGCUCUUUGUCGUCUCCGUCCACGCCCUCAAAUUCGACCUGCAGGCACGCAGCCAGAGCGAUAAGAAGACCGAACGAUGCGUACGCAACUUCGUCGCCAAGGACACGCUGGUGGUCGUGACCGCCACCGUCAGCGGGAGCAAGGGUGACGGCAUGGUCGUCAACAUGCACAUCCUCGACAACGUCGGCAACGAGUACGGCAAGCCCAAGGACGUAGUCGGCGAGCAGCGCACCGUCUUUACCUCGCACGCCGACGCCGCCUUCGACGUGUGCUUCGAGAACAUCAUGACCAGCUCUCUUAACGAAUUCAAACCAGCGCGGAUGAACAACCCGAUACGGCACGUGGAACUCGACAUCGACAUCGGGGCGGACGCCAAGGACUGGUCGGCGAUCCAGGCGAACGAGAAGCUGCGGCCGGCCGAGACGGAGCUGCGACGCAUCGAGGAGUCCAUCGCCGAGAUCGUGCGCGAGAUGGACUACCUGCGCGCCCGCGAGCAGAAGCUGCGCGACACCAACGAGAGCACCAACACCCGCGUCAAGUGGUUCGGCAUCGGCACCACCUUCCUGCUCGUCGUCCUAUGGGGCUGGCAGAUCAUGUACCUGCGUGCCUACUUCCGGUCGAAGCACCUGAUCUAGACGGCGACGACGGCAGCGGGGGCGGCGGCGCGCGCCGGCCGAAGCACACUCUGCGGUUGCGUGCUGUGUUUUAGAUAGAUGCGGAAUUCGGAGAACAUCGACUACGAUAUCUUGCGAGCUAGGUCGGGUCGGAUCGGAUCGAACAGAGAGGACGGGACUACCUAGACUAGACCACGCCAGACCCGCCCAUCCCAGCAUUCUUUUGGCUCGACCCGUCUGGAC